AUGUCUUCCCCCAGAUCCCUCUGCAGACUCGCCGCCAGCGCAAGCAGGCAGGCUCGUCCAUUGCAGCGACAGACUCGAUCCCUCUUUAGCUCGGCGGCGCCCUCGAGGACGACACAAGUCCCGGCGGUGAGGCGCAUGCAAUGGCCCUCGGCGCGCAAUUUCUCGGUCUCGGCUGUGAAGCCGCAUGGCCACAUCACACCUCCGAAGCCUGGCGAAGAGCUGUGGGUGACCUUCGUCGAUAAGGAUGGCGAUGAACACAAGAUCGCUGUCAGCGAAGGAGACAACCUCCUCGAAAUUGCGCAAGAGAACGACUUGGAGAUGGAAGGUGCUUGCGGAGGAUCUUGUGCCUGCUCGACCUGCCAUGUCAUUGUCGUGGACGAAGAACAUUACGAGAAAAUGCCUGAGCCCGAGGACGACGAGAACGACAUGCUCGAUCUGGCGUUUGGUCUCACUGAGACAAGUAGGCUGGGAUGCCAGGUGACGAUGACAAAGGAGCUCGACGGCCUCAGGAUCAAGCUGCCACCAAUGACCCGCAAUCUUCAGGCCAGCGACUUUUCCUGA